GGGCAUCAUCAUGAGCGACAAGGGCAAGGAAGAGGUAGUUGUCAACGAGAGCAAGGCUCAGACAGAUGGGAGUGGUAAUGCGGGUGAGGAGGGUUCGGACUUGGAUGACUUUGGUUACAACAUUCCCAUGGACCCCGAGUCGGUGGCAAGGCGAGCGGCUAUUGCUUCGGAGCUGCCCGACGUCGACGACAUGCCCAUCUUUAUGAAGGCUCUGCCGACCGAUGCGGCUCAUCCUGCGGCAGAGACGCUGCUUGCCCUCUCAACGCUCAAGUACGAGGGCAUGUCGCCGCACGAGAUCGCUGAGGAGCUGAAGAGCCAGGGCAACGAGUUCUUCCGCAAGGGCGACAAGGACUCGCUCAUCCAGGCUCUCCACAAGUACGACGAUGCACUGGCGCAGGAGUCGUCCAACGCCAAGGCCAACUCGAUCUACCACUCGAACCGCGCGGCAUGCUUACUCAAGCUCCGCAAGUACAAGGCGACGGCAGAGGCGUGCUUCAAGGCCCUCGAGUGCAACCCGGGCAACAUCAAGGCCUUCUACCGCUCGUGUAAGGCCCACUUUGCGCUUGGCGACUACGAGAUGGCUCUGCGCGUCGGCCAGGCCGGUCUGCUGGCCUCGGAGGACGAGCCGGGUGGCAUCAAGGCGGCCAAGGACCUGGCUGUUCUUGUCCACAAGAUCGACAAGAUCGCCAAGGCCAAGGCCGAGCGCGAGGCCAAGGCGGCCGCCGAGCGCGCCGAGCGUGAGGCCAAGGCUGCUGCCGAGCGCGCUGAGAUCGAUGCUGAGCUGGCGACCCGCGGCGUGGUCCUUGGCGCUGCACUUUUUGAGCGGACCGAUCCCACGCUCGAGACUGCGCAGAUCGGCUUUGUCGACAAGACCGCCGGCUCGAUGCUCCAAUUCCCGGUCCUGCUCCUCUACCCGGAGUUUGGCCAGACCGACUUUAUCCAGGUCUUUGGCGAGCUGGACACGUUUGGCUCGCAUCUGACCGAGCUGUACCCGCCGACUGGCGCGCCGCUCCCAUGGGACUCGACCAACAGCUACGUCUUUUCCACGCUGGCCAUCUACGCCAUGCCGUGCAUGACUCCGCCGCUCGACGAGGCUGAGGCCAAGGUCUUCCACAAGCGCGUCGCCCGCGGCAUCAAACCCGUCCGCCUCGACAUGUCCACCACCCUGCUGCAGGCCAUUACCCUCCCUGGCUACGUCAUGCCGCAGCUGCCAACCUUCCACGUCAUGGUUGCUGGCUCUGCCUUUGAGAAGCAGUGGCUCGCUAACCCGCAGUGAGCCCAGCGCGGCCUCUGCCGGCUUUUGCCCUGCUCACCUGUUCUCGCUGCCACUCCCGGGCAACGUCCGCGGGUCGACGUACUCUUCCGAGUAGUCGGAGCUGGCGCCAUCGCCGCCGGCGCCACCAGAGCUGCUGUCGUCAACCUCGUCCUCGUCCCCGGCCUCGCCCUCGACCCCGGCCUCGUCCUCGUCCUCGUUGUCCUCCUGGUCGAGCAAGGUCUGUAACAGGUUGACGUCAAAGUCGGUAGCGGAGAGGAACUCGAACAUUUGCUCAUAGAGCGAGGGCAUCGAUGACGAGCUCAUAGACCUGGGAACGUUACGCGAGAGGACACUCUCGAGUUCAGGAUCGAUGGUAAACCGCGGCUGAUCCAG